AUGCUCCCGCACCCUCGAGGCCCAAUCUGCAAAAGGUUUCUGCAACAAGCACACCAAAACAACCUGCAAAGGGCCCGCCGCCAUGGGUCCCUUCCAAAAGUCCUGCUGGGACAAGCCCCAAAAGCUAGACUCGGCUUGUUCACGUUUCGCUCCCGCAGCUCCCUCCCAUUCUUGAACCCCAUGAUCGUCGUCUGUCUAACCAUGAUACAGACAAAAGCCCCGCCUCCACAUGUCGGCAAUGACCGGGGUCACGACAUCGAGUCAGAGACAAGAUACCCCGAUUACGAGUCUGAUGACUACGCCUAUCCGUUCAAGCCAAUGUGUGACCCUCCAGGGUCACCGUGUACGAUCGACAACUUUGUGGACGUGUGA